AUGUCCAAAAGCCAGAAACUGCACAUUAGUGAACAGCCCUUCACAUGGAGUAACUGGCAUCACCAUGUCAAUUGGAUUAACACCACUCUUAUCCUCAUCGUUCCAUCUCUCGGCUGCGUCGCUGCAUUUUACACUCAACUGCGUCUUCCAACAGCUAUCUGGGCGUUGGUCUAUUACUUCUGGACUGGAUUGGGCAUUACUGCUGGCUAUCACCGUCUAUGGGCACAUCGAUCAUAUGAGGCAUACUUACCAUUGAGAAUUUUCCUUGCCUGUGUUGGUGGCGGUGCAGUCCAAGGCUCUAUCCGAUGGUGGAGCAGCAAACACCGAGCUCACCAUCGAUGGACCGAUACUGUCAAAGACCCCUACAGUGUACGAAAAGGCGUGUGGUACUCUCACUUCAUGUGGAUGGUGCUGAAGCAAAACCCUAAAGACCAAGGACGGACUGAUAUCUCCGACUUGAACCAAGACCCUAUUGUGGUCUGGCAGCACAGGCACUAUGGUGAAGUCAUUCUUGUUUUCGGCCUGCUGUUCCCAAUGGUCGUUGCUGGGCUUGGCUGGGGUGACUGGAGAGGAGGUCUGAUAUACGCGGGAAUCUUGAGGUUCCUCUUCGUUCAGCAGGCGACCUUUUGUGUCAACUCCCUUGCUCAUUGGCUUGGGGAUCAGCCAUUCGAUGACAGGAAUUCGCCCCGUGAUCAUGUUAUCACCGCUCUUGUGACACUCGGUGAAGGCUAUCAUAAUUUUCACCACGAAUUCCCUUCCGACUACCGCAAUGCCAUCCAAUGGUGGCAGUAUGACCCAACAAAGUGGUCAAUCUGGGCAUGGAAACAGAUCGGUCUUGCCACCAACCUUAAGCAAUUCCGCGCCAACGAGAUCGAAAAAGGUCGCGUCCAGCAGCUGCAAAAGAAAGUUGACCAAAAGCGAGCCAAGCUUGAUUGGGGGACUCCCUUAGAACAGCUCCCUGUCUUUUCUUGGGAUGAUUUCGUUGCCGAGUCUCAGAAUGGAAAAGCGCUUGUUGCUAUCGCCGGUGUGAUUCACGAUGUAACAGAUUUCAUCAAGGAACAUCCAGGGGGAAAAGCCCUUAUUGGCUCGGGCAUUGGGAAGGACGCCACUGCAAUGUUCAACGGCGGUGUGUAUGAACACUCCAAUGCGGCGCAUAAUAUGCUUUCGUCAAUGAGAGUUGGUAUUGUUAGAGGCGGUGGCGAGGUUGAGAUUUGGCGAGAAAGAAAUCGCGAUAAAUUGGCUGCUGUCAGCUCGUCGUAG